AUUCGCGGUGAAGCUGGCACAUUCGGAUUCACCCUCCAUUUCUAUAAAAAAAGAAACUUUCGGCGGCCAGCUUCCCAUAAUUGUCACCAAGAGAAGCAGGGAGAGAGGGGGAGUGUGGGGGAGAUGGGAAUCGAAGGAAGAAGAGGAGGAGGGACCUGCAAAGGUGAAAACUUUUGGAAGAAGCGCUUGAAGUGUUCAAUGGAAGACGAGAUUGAGAUGUGUUGGGAAGUGGGAGAAGAGAAAGAGGAGAUUGAGGCUUUAAGGCUUUACUACUAUGAGCCGGAAAUCUGUCCGUCGGCUUCUUUUGUCGUCGCCGACGCGUUGGAGCCAGAUUUCCCUGUUAUAUAUGUCAAUCCCAUCUUCGUGAAGGCCACUGGAUACCGCGCAGAUGAGAUUCUCGGCCGGAAUUGCCGAUUCCUGCAAUUCCGGGACCCGUGGGCUCAAAGAAGACACCCUUUAGUUGAUCCCAUGGUUGUGGCUGAAAUACACAAAUGCUUGGAGGAAGGGGUUGAAUUCCAAGGAGAGCUUGUGAAUUUCAGAAAGGAUGGUUCUCCUUUGAUUAACAGGAUGAGGCUGAUGCCCGUUUGCGAUGAUGACGGCAUUAUAACACACAUCAUCGGCAUUCAACUUUUCUUUAAAUCAAACAUAGACCUCAACAAUGUGACAUAUCCAGUCUACAAACAAACAUCUCAAUGCGAAUUCAAUUCUGACAAGAUGGAUUUUCCAGCAUCUGAACACAGCUGCAGGAGCCAACAUUCACUCGACUACUGUGGAAUUCUUCAACUAUCUGAUGAAGUUCUAGCCCACGACAUCUUGUCUCGCCUAACGCCCCGCGAUAUAGCUUCUGUCGGAUCAGUUUGCACUAGAAUGCAUACGCUAACAAAAAAUGAGAACUUGAGGAAGAUGGUAUGCCAGAAUGCCUGGGGUAGAGAGGUCACUGGUAAAUUAGAGCUGAGCAACAAGAGUUUAGGAUGGGGCCGACUUGCGAGGGAGCUGACAACGUUGGAGGCUGUUACCUGGAAGAAAUAUACAGUUGGGGGAAGGAUAAAACCUUCACGAUGCAAUUUCAGUGUUUGUACGGUGGGAAACCGGCUGGUUCUAUUUGGUGGGGAGGGAAUAAACAUGCAACCAAUGGAUGACACGUUUGUCCUCAACCUUGAAGCAGCGAAUCCUGAAUGGUGCAGGGUGGAGGUGGCAUCUUCCCCUCCUGGGAGAUGGGGGCACACAUUGUCAUGCUUGAAUGGUUCAUGGCUUGUGGUUUUUGGAGGAUGUGGACGGCAUGGGUUGCUAAAUGAUGUGUUUGUGCUCGACCUUGAUGCCAAGCAACCAGCUUGGAAGGAAGUGGCAGGGGAGACUCCUCCCCUCCCGAGAUCAUGGCACAGCUCCUGCAUUCUGGAUGGCUCUAAACUUGUAGUUUCUGGUGGCUGCACGGAUGCUGGUGUUCUUCUUGGCGACACAUUUCUGCUGGAUUUCACAAAAGGUAAGCCAGCUUGGAGAGAGAUCCCUUCCAAAUGGUUGCCACCAUCGAGAUUAGGCCAUAGCCUUUCGGUUUAUGGAAGAACUAAAAUUCUAAUGUUUGGUGGGAUGGCGAAGAGUGGAUCUCUGAGGUUGAGAUCAUGUGAUUCUUAUGUGAUUGAUUUUGGAGAAGAUGACCCUCAAUGGAGGCAGUUGGAGACAAACGGUUCACUGGGAGCCACGCCGCCACCGAGGCUCGAUCAUGUGGCAGUGAGCUUGCCUUGCGGUAGAGUCAUCAUCUAUGGUGGCUCCAUUGCAGGAUUACACUCGCCUUCGCAGCUCUUUUUGCUGGAUCCAUUGGAGGAGAAACCAACAUGGAGGAUGCUGAAGGCGCCAGGGCAGCCACCAAAAUUUGCGUGGGGACAUAGCACUUGUGUUGUUGGUGGAACAAGGGCUCUUGUGCUUGGAGGUCACACUGGAGAAGAGUGGAUAUUGAAUGAGCUACAUGAGCUCUGCCUGGCUUCAGCAGGUCCAUGACACGAAUUAAAGGAUAAAAGUUUCUUUCUACAUUUUGUAACUUCACUUUUUUGUAUGCAUCCACUUCUGUAACAUCUUAGUGAAGGACUGC